AUGGCUGAGACAUCGCUGCUCAGCGAUCUCUCACAGCGUCUGUCGUUGGCCUACUCCGGUCUGCCAAUAGUAUACAAGCUGUUGGCUGUCGUGGUGAUCGCCGGCCUGAUCCACAGAGCAAUAUUCAAGAAACAGAAGCACAGCCUGUUCCCGGGUUGGGCGGCCAUUGAGAUCGCUCUUGUUAGUUAUUUCCUCAGCCAGGGUGGCCUGGGUCAACGCAUCUAUUCGGGAAUACGACGGCGCAAUGGUUCCCUCUUCGGCCUCACAGCAACGCACCAGGUCCUUGCCAACCUUCCCAACGUUGACCGCAUCAUGUCGCAGCCGCAUCACACUCUCAGCGCCGAACCGGUCCAGUACACCCUGGUGACCCGUGUCUUCGGAGCAGGCGACUCGCCCGAGCUGAAGAAGAAACUCGAAGACUCUUGGAAAGACCUUCUCGCUCCUGUCGAGCGAAUGUUUCUCAAUGACAGCGCCGCGACAUCCGCCCUUGAAAAGAGCGGCAUUCCCCAGAAAGCAUCCUCGUUCGUCAGCUUCUCGUCCAAUCCAGCACAAAUGAAGCGCUGGGAAUUAUCCGCUAAUGUUCGCCUCAUCACCCCCGACUUGCCUGGUCAGCCAGGGGCGGUCGAGGCUGAUCUUCAGAGUCUGUCGCGAGAUUUCGGGGCCUGCAUUGCCAUUCCGCUCCUUUACGGACAGGACUUUUUAGAUCGCUGCUCCGGGCUGUUGGACGACUUCUGGAAAUUCGACAAUGACCUGUUUCCCCUACUAAUGAUUGGCGUUCCAUCCUGGACACCCUUCAAAGUCAUCAAGGAUGGCGUGGCUGCGCGGUCGCGGCUGCUUCAAGAGAUGGAGGCCUUGUAUCGACGCAUUGACCAGUUUCAACGAGGCCAAGCCGUUGACUUUGGCGCGGACAUGUCGGAUACCAGUGAGGUUGCCCUGGGGCGGAAUGCCGUCUACAGCCGACAGAAUUGGUCGUUUCGAGACCGCGCAGGAGGCGAUCUGGGGGUCCUCUGGGGUCAAAACGCCAACACCCAGCCCGUGCUUUUCUGGCUUUUGGUGUACGUCUACUCCACUUCUGGCGUUCUCGACAGGGUCCGGGAGGAAAUAGCACCGUAUGUCAAGAUCUCUUCUAGGAAGGAUCCGGAUACGGAUAACCAUACGCCGGAGAUUACGACGAUCGACAUCCAAGGCCUGGGCAGAGACUGCGCACUCUUGAAAGCGUGCAUUUUCGAAACCUACCGCCUGACCAACGAACCAACGUCGAUCCGAUACGUCGCACGACCCAUCACCAUCCACGACGGGACGUACCAGCACGAACUGCAGCCCGGAACGUUCGUCUCGGCACCGCACUCGCUCACCCAGCGAGAUCCAUCCGUGUACGCGGACCCAAACGACUUCAUCCCCGACCGCUUUCUUCAAGUAGUCGACCCAGAAUCCGGAAAGUUGCGCGCGGCGUAUGGAAAGGCGCUGAGGCCCUGGGGUUCCGGGGCUGCCAUGUGCAAGGGCCGGACGUUUGCCGAGAAGGAACUUGUGGUUUUGGGCGCGGCCAUCAUUGGUCUCUGGGAUAUCAAGCCAGCGGCCGGUGGGUGUGAGAGGUGGGAGGUACCGGCUAUGAUUCCUGGGACUGGGGUGAAGAAACCUGUCAGAGAUAUCAGAGUGAGGAUUUCUCGGCGAGGGUUCUGA